GUUGUAGGAGAGUGUUGGACCCAAGUGUGAAACAGGAACUUGUGUUUCUUUCCUCUUUCCUUUACUCUCUUCUAUAUAUCUUCCAGAUUCUUCUCAUCUCUUAUUUCAUUUCCUCAUUCAAAAUAAUCAGUCUCUCUUUCAUUUUCUUGUUCCUUAUCAAAGAUUUCAGAAUCAGCAAAUCAACAUGGCAUAUGAAGAUCAAUACCAGCAAUCAAAAUAUGAUACUCUUCUCUUUGAUGUGGAUGAUACCCUUUAUCCCUUAAGUACUGGUUUCUCAAAUGAAUGCGCCAAGAACAUUCAAGAAUAUAUGGUUCAGAAGCUUGGCAUUCAACAAAAUAAAGUCUUUCAGUUGAAUCAAGAACUCUACAAGAACUAUGGAACCUCCAUGGCAGGUCUCAAGGCCAUUGGCUAUGAUUUUGACAACGAUGAAUAUCACAGUUUUGUUCAUGGAAGAUUACCUUAUGGGAAGCUGAAGCCUGACCAUGUUCUAAGGAAUCUUCUGCUUAGCAUGCCUUUGCGUAAAGUUAUUUUCUCAAAUGCUGAUAAUGCCCAUGUGUCAAAGACUCUGAGGAAGCUUGGAUUGGAGGACUGCUUUGAGAGGAUUAUAUGCUUUGAGACCCUCAAUCCUAAUGACAAAACCAGUUGUAGAUUUGAUGAUAAAAAUGAUGUUCAAUUUGGAAGUGAAAACUUUGAUAAUCCAUGCCAAUCUGAUAUUGGUUCAAUACUUCCCAAGACUCCAAUACUCUGCAAGCCAUUUGAAGAUGCAUUUGAGCAGGCCUUUAAAUUGGCUAACAUCAAUCCUCAAACAACAAUAUUCUUUGACGAUAGCAUCCGCAACAUACAGAAAGGGAAGCAAUUGGGACUCACGACCGUGUUGGUGGGCAAAUCGAAUCGAAUUUCUGGGGCUGAUUAUGUGCUGGAGAGCAUCCACAAUAUUAAGGAAGCACUUCCAGAACUCUGGGAAGAAAAUGACAAGAAGUCCGAGACUAUGAAAUAUACAGGAAAUGUCGCAUUUGGAACAUCUGUAACUGCAUAACUUUACCAUUCUCCGUUUCAGUUUCUGUAACACCAUUUGACAUUUGUGUUGGGAAAUUUUUAUCCCCACUUAUGAUCAUCAAUAAAGGUUUUUCUUUUAAAAAAAAUUAUUAUUAUUUUUAUUCA